AUGUCUUCUUCGUUGUCAAAACUGGAUGAUAGCAUCUUAGAUAUCCAGGAUUCGCAGUCAGAACACUUCCAUUAUGUCAUGAGCGUGACGUUAAAAGAACUGCUGGCUCCCAUUAUAUGCUACUCUCCUGCGCCACCGUACUCGGUACUGUUUUAUGCAGCCAUCAAACCGGAGAAACUUGCUGCUGGAUGGUGGACAAGCGACUUUACGGUGCGCUUCGCCAUGUUUGGAGUUCCUACAUCAGCUGGAGAGGCCCUCGAGAAGUUUGCUGCUACGGUCGACAAGAUGGACGGAGAUCCCCCUGCAUGCGGACAGUACGGUCUUUUCAAGAUACUUCGGUGUCCAGACGAGAUGGGCAUCACAGAUUGA